AUGGAUGCUGCGCUGCUAGACGAACGGCUGACUCCAGCAAAGGUUGAUGUUACGUUUAGCCGUGUUUGCGGCAGCUCGCCACACAUGCUCUUGAAGCAGUUUCGUGAUGCUAUGGUCCGGCUGGCUGCCAUCAAGUAUCCGUCCCUGCCGAGAACAGAGGCCGUGAUGCAGCUUUUUCACAAGCACUUGGCAACCUUCCAGGGCACGACCAAAGGCACGGCAACAUGCGAAUGUGGAGCUGCAAGCUUCUCUGUCGGCUAA